UCCAAGCGAUGGUGGAUCUGCUGAGGAGCCGCUGGCUGAUGCUAGUGGCGGGCAUUUGGAUCCAGAUCACGAUGGGAUCCACCUACGUCUUUGGAUUGUACUCGGAGAGCCUCAAGCGCGAGCUGGGAUUCGAUCAAUCGCAGCUCGACACGCUAGGGUUCUUCAAGGGGAUCGGCGCCAAUGUGGGGAUUCACACAGGAUUGCUGCUCUCGCUGGCGCUGCCGCCGUGGAUUAUCCUGGCGCUGGGGGCGGGCCAAGGUUUUCUGGGCUAUUUCAUGAUCUGGCUCGCUGGAACGCACAGGAUCCGGGGCGUCCAGCUCUGGCAGAUGUGCGCCUUCAUGCUCGUCGCUGCGAAUUCGCAGACGUAUUCCAACACCGCCGUGGUCGUGACAUCUGUGACGAAUUUCCCCACAAGUCGUGGCACUGUGAUUGGCUUGAUGAAAGGAUGCUUGGGAUUGAGUGGAGCCAUUCUAACUUUCUUCUAUCGAUCGCUAUGCGGGGAAGAUGGUGGCACCCAGAUUCACUACACGCUCUUUGCGGCGGUAGUCCCGACAGUGGUAUGUGUUUUGCUUAUGCUUUUCAUUAGACCAGUGGCACCGUCGACCAUCACGCAUGAUCCACACGAGAACACGAACAUCUCCAGGAUCUCUGGGAUCAUCGUGGCACUCGCGUUUGGUCUCAUUCCUCUCACGCUUCUCACUCCAGUGGGCCGAGUCGCGAGGAUUUUGCUGUGCGUUCUACUGCUUCUAGCGCUCGCAUCGCCACUACUGGUGGCAUUCAAGGCAAGCAGGCUCACAAAGACGGUGGAUUCCAAAGAACAGGGACAAGAGACCGUCGCGAUACUCCUUGGAGAAUCUAGCAGCGGCGCCAACUUUCAGGAAAAGCCCGAGAACGAGAAAAGAGGAACUUUAGUUCUUCGCAGCCAAGACUUUACACUCUCACAGGCUUUUGCAUCGCUCGAGUUUUGGCUACUGGUCACAGCAAUGGCCUGUGGGAUGGGAUCGGGAGCCACAGUGAUCGACAACGUGAACCAGCUUGGAUCCUCACUGGGCUACUCCACACAUAACAUAGCAGUGGUGGUGUCGCUGGUUAGCAUCUGGAACUUCCUGGGCCGGUUUGGAGCUGGAGCACUCUCGGACUUCUUCCUCAGGGCGAGAGGUGUUCCAAGGCCGGCUUUCAACUCGAUCACUCUGGGAGUCAUGGCAGCCGGGCACCUUGUACUGGCGGCAGCGUUCCCGGGUGCUUUGUACGUGGGAACUCUCGUCGUUGGGCUGUGCUACGGCUCGCAGUGGUCGCUCAUGCCAGCAACAGUGUCGGAGAUCUUCGGCAUGAAAGAGUUUGGGACGCUCUUCAACACCAUCGCCGUGGCAAGCCCACUGGGAGCUUACAUUCUCUCAGUGAGAGUGGCGGGCUACUUCUAUGACAGGGAAGCGCAGAGGCAACAAAGCCUUAUCCAUGGUAGCUCGAUCCAUUCUCCGCCAAAUUCUUGCCACGGUCCAGCAUGUUUCAGGCUCACCUUUCUCGUGCUCGCUGGAGUCUGCCUCUUGGGCUGCGUUUGUACGUCACUGCUCGUAUCAAGGACGAGGAAGUACUACAAAGAAGCUCACAAGACCCUCUACCAUAGGAAAAGCUGGCAAAAGUAAUAGUGCCAUUUGAUCAAGUAAUACGCGACGACCACGUACGAGCCUGGAUGAUCCAAGAUGUCCACCAAGGGGGAGACGGUGACGAAGUCGUCACCACAAUCAUCUGCGUCGUUGGAGGCGAGAGCUUCAGGCCGAAAGAGCCCGGCCGCGUCUGAAACGGUGCACGAGGCCGGAGGAACACGCGCGGCAGGCACCGAAAGGUACUCCUCCUCCACAACUUGUUGUCGCUGCUCUCGCCCUGUUUGCUCCAGCCCUGGGACAAGCGGCAGCGUCACCCGCAAGAGACUACUGUCAAGCCGGUAGCUUAUCCUUUCCGCGUCCACUGCAUCGGGGAGCACAAACUCUCGCGCAAACAUCUUGGUGAAGGAGGAUGCGACGCUCUUUCGCCUCGUGAGAGAUCCCAACGAUGGUCACGAGUCGACGGAAUUGAGAGCCCGAGACCUCCACCUUGACAUCGCUCACGCCCGGCAUCUCCAAAAGGAUGAGAUACGAGUGCGGGAGGCAGCAGCUAUGAAGCACUUGUGUGCGCUCAUAGCGUGCUCGACCUCAACCGUGCCGUUGGAGGCGGUCCCGCAGCCGCGCGCCUGGCGGAGAGAGCAGUAAUCAGGGCGGCAUGCUUGCGCCGCGACAAGCACCAAGAAUACCAUCGCCACCCUUGCUGCCGCCACCACCAUUCUUCGCCCUUGUAAACAACAAAGAGUCGAUCGACGAUCAAAAACAUCAAGUUAAACUAGAAACAGAUCCUCAUUUGGCGGAGCUGAACUCGUUAUAAGCAUUGACUUGUUUUUUUUCCA